UUUUGAACUGAACAAAUGAGGAACCCAAGAACGCAGAGGAAGUUGGCCAAUAAUUGCAGACUGGAUUUCUCAAUGCUGCCUUGUUUUUUUGUUGUUUUUUUUAAUUUUUUUAGGAUGUUGAGCAGCAAAGCUGAACCCCUGGAAAAAAAAGAAAUGUUUGCACUUAGAAAAAAUGAAGAGGAGUUCUGUCAGACCAGCACAGUUUCCUCCUUAGUUACUUCUUUUAUGUGUCAUAGUGUGAAUGAAACUGCUGAUGGUAGACAUUCUAACACAAGCUGAGAGUCGGCUGCCUUCCCUUUGUCUGUUGCACCUUCCAUGGCUGCUGAUGACUAUAACCCUGUCUCCCUGAGGCACAAGUCAAAGAAGAAGAACCGGGGAGGCAAUGGUACCAUGAGCAGAAGACGAGUGUCCGUCAAAGAGCUCGGUCAGCCGGACCAUCAGGGCUGGCUUUACAGGAAGAAGGAGACCAAGGGCUUCCUGGGGAUAAAAUGGAGGAAGUACUGGUUUGUUCUCAAGAGAACGGCUCUAUACUGGUACACCAACCAAUUGGCGGAGAAAGCAGAAGGCUACAUUGACCUCACCAACUUCAUGAUCGAUGUAGCCAUCGAGUGCAAGAAAAAACAUGCAUUCAAAGCCUGCCACCCUCAGGUCAUGAUGUUUUAUUUCGCGGCUGAGAGCCAUGAGGACAUGAAUCUAUGGUUGAAUAAACUCGGGUUGGCUUCUAUCCAUUAUGAGCAAACAGAACAAGCCACAACAGCUGAGUGUUAUAGUGAAGCCAGUGAUCAUGAAGAAGCAGAGAGCCCAGAGAUCCCGCCUCCACCAUACUCUGAACAGACCCUACGGGAGUCCCAGGAUGUGCCUGAUCCACCUGGGAGCACACAUCAGGGUACUCUUCCACCUCCCUAUGCUUCCGCUGUUCCUGCGGAAGCCAGCGAUUUGCUCUCCUCCCCCGUCAGUACGAUGACUUCGCAGAGCUCCGCCUCCUCGCUUGCCAAGCAGCGGCAAUCCUGGAUGGACCUUGUCUCCCAGGCGUCCUCUUCUCCGGCCGGGGAAUCGGCGGUAAUUUGCUCUGUUCAAGUCCACUUGCAAAAAGAGAGAAGCGGAGGGGGAGGAUCAUUGGAAAACUCCAUUCCCCAGGACUCCUCAAAUUCAAAUGGGUCCAACAGAGAGAUGGGCGUGGUGGAAGGGGAGGAGCAGAGGGAUGUUUUAGCACCUCAAAAUCAAGGAAAUCGUGAGAAUAGCUCAGAUGAGAUGGAAAAGCUCUACAUUCAUCUGAAGGAGGCCAGUCUCUCGCCAAUAGGGGAUCGAAAACCUUCAACAAAAAGGGAAUUCAGGGCUUCUUUUGUAAAACGCUGCAAAAACCAGACUGUUAACGAUAAGCUACACCAUAUCAGGGCACUCAACAGCACGUUAAAGUCUAAAGAAGCGGACUUGCAGGCAAUAGAGCAGGUGCUAUCUGACCCAGAGCUUACCUCGGAUAAGUUCAGAGAGUGGAAGGAGUCCAAUGGACCUCUGAUGCUGGAAAUCUGUGUCAAAGACGACCAGAAGGGGGCGCCAGAGGCUGUAACUGGUGCAGCAUCAGUCACUGCUGCUCCUGUUGCAGAGACUAGUUUAUAAAGUGUCCAAUUAUGAGCUGGUUUACUGUAUUUGGACUUGGACCUUAUGGUUGCAUACCAUGAGAAUGCAAACUUACUGCUGUGAUUAAUUCAGCCUACACUUCAGUUCCACGGAAGAGCAUAUGAGGUCUAACGUGUCUGACUUUGUAAAGUGUUUUUAUCUAAAUAUAUAUGUGGAGAUGGGAU